UCAGAAUUUUACCGGAUUAAAGUUUGGCUCCCUUGUUUUUCCUUUGCUGGAAAGUGGAGAAAGAACGUCCCGUCUGCUUUUUGCUCCUAAAUGCUUUGUAGUUACUUGAGGAGAAUCCUCUGAAUCCUUGUGAGGAACAUGGAGAACCCGGUUCUGGAGCCCAGAUCAGAGCGGAUUGCCCGCUACAAGGCCGAGAGGAGGCGGGAACUGGCCGAACGCUACGGAACUAUAGAGGAGCUUCCUUCAAAGUGGGUGAGGAGGGACGAGAAAGAGCUCUAUGAACCGACGACCCAAACCCAUUCGGAUGGCCUCAGUGAACGAGUGAACGGCAGAACACGGGAGCUUACGAACGGACUGGAGGGAGACACUGCUGCAGAGUCCAACUACAUGAUGAGGCAGGGUUGCCAGGACUCUGCCAGCAUGCUGAGUGGGGAGGGUCACGCGGUCGGACUCGACGCCCCGCAGCUCCGCACUCGGGUGUCGGUGGGCCAGUUGAGAAGCGCCCUCCUGCAGCAGACGGAGAGCGGAGCCGAGAAAGCCUGCCCCACAUCCUCCUUGGACCUGGCCGUGAAGCCGGGCCUCGAGGGCGGCCGGCGACGCACCCGGCGCUACCUCCCAGGCGGGUCGGGCGGCAGUCGCAAGAGCGGCGAACGCUUCAGGACGCAGCCGAUCACAGCCUAUGAGAUGGAGGAGAGCAGCGGGCUCUUGGAUGCAGAGGAAGAGGAGAACGGUAAAGCCGAUGUGAAAACAGAUGACAGAGCCAAAAUGAGCGUCGCAGCCAAGAUGUCUUUGUUUAAGGAGCUGGAGAAGUCGGCAGCUCCGGAGGCCUCGGCCUUCCUGAAGCCUCGAUCCGGCAGCGUCAGUCACGAACGCAGGACACGGCGAGGCGACGACCAUCGCUUCCUCACCCAGCCAAUCACCUGUGAGGAAAUAGUGGCCAUCAGUGCACCUAAACCUGCUCCUCCAGCAGAAGUUCAGUCUGAGCAGAAUGAGUCGGUAGAAGACGGUGAUGAAAGCUGCAAGCUGAGCAUGAGCGAGAAACUGGCUCUCUUCAACAAACUGUCGCUGCCUGGGAGGCAAACGGCCCCGGAUGGACCCCCAGAGAGACGGAGGCAGAAGGGGGCUCGGUAUCGAACACAGCCUAUCACUGUGGAGGAGGUCAGCCUGCUCCAGAAAGGCCCCGUUCAGCUCCCUGCCUUCAGUUUGUCCACUCAUCUGUCCGACAGACAGCAGGCUUUUUCUGUUAACCUGAAACCCAGCGAGCUUCGUCUUUCACAGCCCAGACCGGACCCUGGUCACUUAGAGUCCCGUCCAACCCAGCAGGACCCACAGAGCUGCGACUCUGAGCCCAUCCUGAAGGGAAUCCUGAAGAAGAGCCGCUCUGCUGCCUCAGACUGGAGCCGGACGGACGGCGGUCAGAUCGAUGAGCCGCUCAGCCACGAACAGAACGGUGGAGGAUGUGCAGAAGCAGAGAUACACAAGAGGACAGAGGGAACCGAGAAGCAAGAGAUCUGUGCACCGCCGAGGAGGCAAAGACAUGAAGCUUCAGCUGUGGAAGGAGGUUCAGGAAGCGCUGCUCCCUGGAGGCAAAGAGCUCGAAGCAGGAGGGAAACUAUCGCCUGUACACCAAUACGAACCAUGUCAGAGCUGGAUGCUCCACAGGAGGAGAAACCCUGGCAGAACAAACCACAGGACCUAAUUUCAUCUGUUGGAAACAGCUUAAACACAACUGAGAGAGUCCAGCCAGAUGAAGAUCCAGAGAGCGCGAAGACGUCGGUUGAAGAACCAACAGCUACAGGACAUGUUCAGGUCACUGCAGUCGAUUGCACGAUUAAACUGCAAGAGAUGAGCAGCAGAAAUACGGAACAAUCAGAAAACUCUCAUCUCGAGUGCUGGGAGCCCAUCUUUGCCUCUGUCUAUUCUAACAAUACGCCCCAAUAUGUCAUGUGUUUCAAUCAGACCAAUUUGUCCUUCGAGGCUCAAGAAGUCUCGUCUCCUACAAAGAACCUGAAUCAGCCUCAGUGGAGACAGAAGGCUAAAGAAGUUGAGUCUGAAUUUCAGAUGGUUGAAAACGAAGAAAUAAACACACAGCUGGAAAGCAUAGAGCAGGACAAUGGAUUCAUAGCACAGAGAAGUCUUGAAUCCGACAAAAAUGAAGCUCCGUCAUGCACAUAUGAAGCAGAAAUCUCCACGCAGCCUGAGAUGGAGUUUAAAGCUCCUCAGGAGGUGAAGGAGGAGACGCUGAGAGAUGAAUCGUUUGAUGGAGGUUUUUACAGCAAACCGUCACCUCCUCCUGCCUGCUGCCCUCCAGCCGAUGGAGGCGUCGCUGCUGCAGAGAGUGAACAAGACCUAAGUAUCCUCUGCCAAACCAACACACCCAUACUGAGCUCAGCAGUAGCAGAACACCGGCGGUCAGUCCGUCCGUCCCGUCGGACUCAAGGCUCCAGAAACCCUCUGAGAGCUCUGGCAGCCAGAGAGGACAUCAGGCAGGACUACAUGGGAGAGAGAGUCAACACAGCUGCUGAGGAGAGAGUCCAGGCAGACAACAAGCGUAAGAACUCCUUGGCUGCAGAGUCAGACUUCAUCUCAGAUUCUGAGGUGACUAAGUCUCAUCCUCCUUUCAGCAGCCUGAUGCUCGUUCACAUCAAAGGUAGGCGGCGUGUUCAGGCCCGUCUGGUGGAGCCUUCAGCCCGGUCGCUGAACAGUGGAGACUGCUUCCUGCUGGUCAGUCCAGAGAACUGCAUCCUGUGGAGCGGAGAGUUUGCCAACGAACAGGAAAAAGCCAAGGCCUCAGAGCUGGCGUCCUUCAUCCAGGCUCAGAGGGAUCUCGGUUGUCAGGCCUCUCGGGUCGUCCACCUUCAGGAGGGUUUGAACUCUGACAGCAGUUUGGCUGCAGACUUCUGGAGUCUUCUGGGAGGAAGAACACAGUACAGAGGAGCUGGUGCACCAGAGGAGGAGGAUGAUCUCUAUGAGAGCGGUGUGGUUGAAUCCAACUGUGUUUACCGGCUGGUGGAGAACCGACUGGUGCCUCAUGAACAGGGCUGGGCCUCCGUCCCCAGUGUCUCCCUGCUGGGCUCCACUCAGGCGCUGGUGUUCGAUUUCGGCAGUGAGGUGUAUCUGUGGCUCGGACAGGAAGUUUCCCUGAGGAGGAGGAACGUUGCUCUGCAGCUGACUCACCAAGUGUGGGCCGGAGCUUACGACUACAGCAACUGUCGAGUGAACCCACUGGAUCCCACUCAGAGCAACGCCAGCAUUCAGCUGAGGGGAGAAGGUCGUCCUGGCUGGGCUCUGUUCGGUGUCGUCUCUGAGGGAAACGAGACGGUUCUUUUCAGGGAGAAGUUCCUGGACUGGGCCUGCAGGAGUGGAGGCACAGAGGAGGUUGAUCCAGUCAUUAAUGAGACGCAGUCCAUCUCCGUUCAGUUGUCUCAGCCUGAGUCUCCUCCAUCAGACCUCCUGAGUCCCUGCGAUGCUAAAACUCUGGUGUUGGAUCAGUCAGAAACAGACGGUUUGGUUCACACAGUUCUGUCUGGAGUUGAUGUCCAGAGAGGUCGUGGCUUCAUCACACUGGAGGAAGGACGUCAGAUGGAGCUGAAAACUGUAGCGGUGGACACCUGGCAUGUCCAGGAGUUUGACGACAGUGAAAUACUGGUGGAGAGCAGCGGACAGCUUCAUGAAGGAGACUCGUACGUCGUCCGCUGGACGUACAGCAUCAACACUGUGGAAAACACCAUAAACAGCCCAGAUGAAUGUGUGAAGAGUCCAAAGGAGAGCACAGCCUUCUUCCUGUGGAGAGGUCGACACUCCAGCGUCAGUGGAAGAGACACUGCAGCUUUCCUGUCGAUAGGGAUGAGCAACCAGGAGGAGGCACAGGUGGUUGUGCCUCAGGGGAAGGAGCCUCCCUGUUUCCUGCAGCUCUUCCAGGGAGGUCUGGUUAUUCACAAGGGAAAGAGAGAGGAAGCUUCCACUAAUGCAGCAGAGUGGCGUCUGUUCUGCGUACGAGGAGAACUUCCAGAGGAGGGUUUGUUGUUAGAGGUGGACUGCUGCUGUGCAGGUCUGAGGUCGAGGGGCUCCGUUGUCCUGCUGAACAGCCAGCAGGGGGCGCUGUACCUCUGGACAGGUUGUAAAGCCCACAGCAGCACCAGAGAAGUCGGCAAGAGGACGGUGGAGCGUCUCACCCAGAUGUGUCCACCAGAGCUGGGUCUCAGUAAAAGCAGCCCAGUGAAGGUGCAGGUGGUGGAGGAAGGUUCAGAACCUGCAGAGUUCUGGACAGCAUUGGGACAAAUGGACAGGAAGGCCUACGACUGCAUGCUGCAAGAUCCAGGAAAGUAUAACUUCACACCUCGCCUCUUCCACCUGAGUGCCUCUUCUGGGAGCUUCAAGGCCGAAGAGCUCAAGAGUCCAACUCGACUGCCAGGACUCGUGAUGGCGAUGCCCUUCGUCCAGGAGAGUCUGUUCUCUGUACCAGAACCAGCUCUUUUUCUGCUCGACAAUCGUCUGGAGGUCUACUUAUGGCAGAGAGGUCAGCCGGAGCAAACGGAGAGUUCGGCUUCAGCCUGGAGCCUCUGGCAUGACGAGAGGAAGUGCGCCAUGCAGACAGCUCUGCAGUACUGCAAAGAGAUGAACCCCAGAAGACCCCCGCAGGCCUACCUCAUCUUUGAGGGGUCUGAACCUCUCACCUUCACUAACGUCUUCCCACAGUGGGAGAAAAGCCUGGGACCCCAAACACAGGGCGAUUCAGGCCGAGUGAAGCUGACCUUGGUGCAGGACGCCCUGGCCCAGCUCAUGAAGACCCAGUUCCCCCUGGAGGAGCUGCUGAGGAGCCCCUUACCUGAAGGAGUGGACCCCCAGCACCUGGAGGUCUACCUGUCCGACCAGGACUUCCAGACUAUUAUGGAAAUGAAGAGAGAUGAAUACGCCUCCCUCCCGAGCUGGAAGCAAAUCGAUCUGAAGAAAAGCAAAGGGCUGUUUUGUUAGACGUCGAAUCUGACUGAUGCUCCGGCAAGAUGUUUUGGGGACAUCAUCAGCGUGCUGCUGCACAAAGAACUGCUCACAACGUCAUAAAAACAAGAAGAAAAAUCACUUUUAUUUAUGUCAGAUUAGUGUGUGGACUUUUUAUAGGACAUGGAUUUCUCUGUAGCUACCAGACGGUUCAGAGCUAAAACAACAAAAAGACAUUUUCCUAUGGAACGUAAUUGUGUCUGUACAAAUCAGCGAAAGAUAAAAAAAAAAUAUAUAUGUGGGAUUAAAGGAAGGGUAUCAGUAACAAACUGUGGGAUAAGAAUGAGGAAGAAAAAAGGAGUGCUUACAAAAAGAUCAAUGCUAAUAAACAAUGUAAACAAACACAAAA